CUGGGAUGGGGUGGGGGUGUCAGGCAGGCAACAGACAGUCCGCGCGCAGCAGUGAGAGUCCGGCUCCCGUAGGCUGGAGUAAGAACUGGCAGUCGUCACCGCUCGGGCUGUAAGAACAAGCGCCCGCGCUGCCUGACGCUAAGGGCAAAACAUAAAGCACAAGGAAAGCCGAGGGCAGCUUAUUCAGCCAUGCCGAAGAGAAAGGUGAACCCUACUGAAGAAGAGCCAAAGAGGCGAUCAGCACGACUAUCGGCUAAACCUGCCAUCGCCAAAGUCGAGACAAAGCCAAAAAAGUCCACUUCAAAGGAUAAAUCUGAGGAAAAGAGAACUUCAACAAAAGGGAAAAAGGGACUGAAAGAGAAACAAACUGAAGAUAUUAAUAAAGAAGAAAUAAAGGAUAACUUGCCUGCAGAAAAUGGAGAAGCAAAAAGUGAGGAGGACCCAGUAUCAGAUACAGCAGGGGAAAAAGAAGAAAAAUCUGAGUAACAUCUUUAUACAAAGUCUUUAAUCAGUGGUUCUCUUACCACUGCCUUGUACAAUCCAGAGGAAUAUUUUUAUCAACUAUUUUUAAAUGCAAGUUUUUUAGUGGUUUUAGCAAACAUAUUUUUUACAAUAGAAUAUCUUCCCCCUUAUCUCUUUUAACAUAAUUGAGUGUAAAUGCCUUGUUUUAAUGAAAUAAAAAAUCAUGCAAUGGUUAUCUGUUCUCUGUACAGCCGGUAAUUUUAAGGAAUGUUGGAUGAAGGAGUAUUUUCAAAUCUUUAUUACUUUACAGUGCAAUCUUGUGGAUUUCUAUUUAGAGGCAUGUCCCACUUAACUCAAUAAGCAUACAUAGGAUUGUAGGUUUAACAUUCCACAAGCUCAGGGUGGGCAACUUACAAUUUAUCUUCUAUGUAGGACUUCAGUUUUAAGGAAUACAGGAUUGCUUCUUUAAAUUUCUAUCUCUUAGUUGAAAACAAUGCUUAAGUAUAUACCAGUAGAAAAUAAGUUGCUUAUUCCUUCUGUAGACUGAGGGAUAGUUUGAUAAACUAUUAAGAGAAGCAUUGACACAAGUAAAAUGUUGACAUUAUGACAAGUAGGAAAAAAAAUCACAAUCCCCAAUUUGUUAGCCAUAGAUUGAUGCCUUGAUGCUUAAACUUGAAAGUGAGAUCAUCUAUUACAGAGUUAUUUUUCAUAGUACAGUUGUAGUUUAUUUUUUCAACAGUUUUGUAAUACAUUGUGAAAGUUUGGAGAUCUGGGGGGGUAGUGUGUGAUGUAUAAAUUUUCUGAUUAACCAGAUAUGACUUCACAUGGCAGUAUUUGAGACACUGGUACUUUUCUAAUUGAAUGGUUUAUCAAAGAAAUUACGAUAACUUGUGGUUUACAUUCAAUUAUUGGAAGAAAAAUCUGUAUGCAUAGUUAAUGUCUGUGGUUCAUCCUAUGAUCUAAUAAAAUAUUGGUAUUAAUAUUUUUACAGUUUCAA